AUGUUGCAAGCCCGUUCGUUCUUGCGAUUGAUUCCGCUUACGCAACACAGUCCACACGGAGUGCAGAUUCGUCGAACCACUCAUAUUUGGGAUCGAGUGCAGCCAUCGCUCUGGCAUCCAUUGACGUCGCUGGAACAAUCUUUAAUGGAAAUGGAGGUGAUGACACGCCGUGUUAUUUCACCUCGCUCUCCGCUGGAUGUGCCUCUCACGCAAGACAUGCUGCUGAAUCUACAUCAUGACGAUAAUGAAUUUAUAACGGAUCUGCCACUUAUAAAAACCAACGAAGUGACAAAAGACACGUUGAAAGCUGCGGCGCCUAAGUAUAGUGCAAAUAGCCCGCCAGAAGAGGAGGAAUCUGAAGCUGUUCUUGACAGAAAGGACCCCUUGACUGAUGUAGAAGGCUCGAAGUCUUAUCCAUCCUAUAUUUCAUACACCGUCACUUGCUCUUCCAUAGUAGAUGAUAGUGGACACCGUGUUGGCACGACUCGUCGACGCUACGAGGACUCGACAGGUUGCUUCAAGGCCACGCAUGAGCGCGAAAUUGAUGGUAAGAAACUGAAGAUGGUGUGGCAGCGCUCAAAUGUACAAGACGAGGGCAGUCAUGAGGCCCUCUGCACGAGCGGCAGCUUGAAACAAUUUGAAACUGAGUGGCUUAAAACGCCGUUUGGUCGAGCUGAAGACGAGAAGCUGGUCAAAUGGAUCAAGGAUUGCGAGCGUAGCGUUUACGAAGCCCUUGGGAUCGACUACACGGUGGACGAAACCCUGCAGAAUUUUCGGCAGAGCGAAGGAAAACCUCAAGUGAGUGAGGUGGUGGAGGAAAUCGAGCGUGGGGAGGCUAUCAGAAAAAUGUCUAAGCGACAGGAGGAGGAAACGACUCCCCCACAAUAUUUCAGACUUUACACAUAA